GGUAACUUCUCGCGAGGGGAAUGUCACUAGAGUGGCCGCCAAAUUUCAAUUAAAUCUUUUCCACGAACUUUACUUACCAAGAUUUAUUUAAUUCUACGUAAUUUUAUAUUAAUUUGACUUUUUGCGUAUUCUCUGACUUGUAAACACGAAGAAGGUUAGCCCGCGAAUGGCUUGCGACGUCUUUCACGUUUAAAUGUGGUCUGAUGUAAAGGUCGUGUUACACAUAAGUGCAUGCGCGUAACAAAAUUUAAAUCCGAUCAUCAUGUGGACGUCCUAAUGAUACAAUAGUUGUUUAUAUGUAUUAUUUGUGAUAUAAUAUGAUAGUUGUUUAUUAUAGUGAUCGAUGAAUUAAAUUUCAUUAGUACAUCCCAAAAUGAUUUCGAAAUUUUUAUGUACCGAUGUAUUAGCUAUUUACUGUAGUCGAAAUUUCAUUUUUGUAGGUAUAGGUUGUGCCUUACAUAUUUUUAACACUAGUACUUUCAAAUUAGAAAAGAAAAUAGAUAGUCUUUAUCCAUAUAAUAUUCAUGGGAUUGUAGGAGGUCCUAAUGAUAAGUUAGCUGUAUUUGGAGCUAACUAUUUUUGUACCUACACUGUUCAUACAAAGGAAAAAACAUUAGAAAUUAAGGAAGACACUAAGAAAAUAUGUCUUAAGGAUUGGAUAAUAGCAUCAAAAUGGUUUGCCCAUUGUGGAAUCGAUUAUUUAGCUAUUUUAUUAGCUCAUAACAAUAUAUACAUAUACAAUACCUCCAAUGAACACUAUGAAGAAACAUGGUGUGAAGAGAAAUGUAUUCUAUAUGCUGGUCACAUGUUGAUAAAGUCUAACAAGGAUUUGGUAGUUUUUAGUGGAACAGUUUUUCAAGAGAUAUUAAUAUGGCAAGUAAACCAUGCUUCUUGUUCAAUGGAAACUGUACCAAUUUUACAUCGUUUACAGGGACAUAAUGGUGUCAUUUUUUCAGUUAUAUAUGAUCCAUUUACAAACCUCAUUUGUUCUACAUCCGAUGAUAGAACAAUCAGAUUGUGGACAGUAAAUUGCGAUGACAAUGAAGAUAAAGAUGAUCUGGACUGGAAACAAGUAAAAAUAAACUUAACACGAACAAUGUUUGGUCAUACGGCAAGAGUAUGGAGAUCCAUUAUUAGAAAUGGAACUGUAAUAACAAUAGGUGAAGAUUCUCUUAUAUGCAUGUGGUCAUUAGAAGGUGAAUUGCUGAACAAAAUUUGUGCUCAUCAUGGAGCUGCUAUAUGGAGUAUAGACAUAUCGGAUGAUAAUAAAUAUAUUUUUACUGGAGGAGCUGAUGGUGCAGUCCAUACAUGGUCCCUUGUUAAUAGUUACAUUCAAAGGGUAAUAAUGUUACCCAAAAAUUUGUCAUGUAUUUCCCCAAAGUAUGUUCGUUAUUUAUAUAACAGCAAUUUUUCAAUUUUCAAUGAAGAUGGGAAUCUCUUUGUUAUGAAUAAGUUGCACAGUGAUCCAAUAGAAUCAUUGUAUCUAGAAAAGUAUAGUACAUACUGUAUUAUGGAAGUAUCUUUAUGUCGAUCUUAUAUUUGCUUUGCAUCGAGAGAUGGAUACGUAACACUAUACAAAGUAGCUGAUAGUGCAAAUGAUACGAAAUUGGUACGGAUUCUCGAAGAAAAACUAAUGGAUUCUCAAAUAUUUUCUAUUCAGUGGCUGGAAAAUAAUAAAAUAAUAGCAUGUGGAUCAAAUGGAAUAUUAAAAAUAUUUGUCUUCAGCAUGGAAGGAUCUAUGACUAUAGAAACAACAUGUAUUCUACCAUCAAGUCGGGAACGGUGGUUGACAGCUGCAACACUUUAUGAAGGAUUAUUAAUAUGUGGUGAUAGAAGCGGAAAUAUGCACAUUUUCAAACUUGAGGCCCCUAUUUUACCUAAAGGAACAAAUAUAACAGAAACGAACAAUAAACCUAUUCAAACUUUCACUAAAGUUCAUGGAAAAAUUGGUAUUCAAAACUUUCUAAUCUUAGGUUCAAAAUUGGUAUCAACAGGUCGUGACGGAAUGUUAAAAUUUUAUGAACUAAACAAGCAUGAAAAUACAGAAGUAUUGCGUUCUCUGCACAAAGAAAAAAUGCCAAUGGAUUGGAUUAGCGGCAGCUUAAAAAUUGCAAAUGAUAUUCUUAUAUUAGGUUUUAAAGAGGUGGAAUUUUUGAUGUACAGCAUGUUCCACCGUAGAACAAUAGCAAGAAUUCCUUGUGGUGGAGGGCACAGAUCGUGGGACUGCAUGUUAUUAAAUGAAUCAGUUAUGUUCCUCUAUAUUCGUAAUAAACGAGUACAUGUUUUUGAAUUUCCAUUACACUCUAUGAAAUCACCAGUUUUAUUAAAUGGUUUUCAUACAAAAGAAGUGUAUUGUAUCGAACCUAUAUUAAAACUUGAUGAAGAAAAUGUUUUGAUAUCUGGCGGAGAGGACGGUAGUCUACGUGUUUCGACCAUUUCAAAUAUAUCUAUAAAAAAUAAUUUCACUUUUCGAACGUUAGGCAUUUUUAAUGGUCAUAUCUCCAAUAUAAAAGCUAUUGUUUCUUUAAAUUUUCAAACGGGUCAUUUAUGUAAUAAAAGCAUUAUCUUUUCGGUGGGUGGAAGAGCUCAAAUGAAAAUAUGGGAGAUUAGUAUAAAAACUGGUGAAACAUUAACAGACUCAGAUAUUUCUUGUUCUGAUGUUGCAUCUCAUAUGCUGUACGGAUCUGAUCAAAUUCGAAGGAAACAGUGGCAAGAAUCUAAUCAGUUUUACAUUAUUCAACCUGAAACUCGGUAUAUGGAUAUUGCAAUAUAUCGUGAUACACAAAACUUACAUCGCAUACUGCUGUUUCUUGCUUGCGCGGAUGGAUUUGUCAGGAUAUUUUUGUACAAUAUCAGUACAAGACACAUAUCGUUAAAAGUGCAUGCAAAGAUCGUUGACCGUUGCAUAACGAAAAUAAUUAUUUUGACAUACGAAGGAAAAAUAAUUGCAUUAACAAUGUCAACUGACGGCGUUGGUCGUUUCAUUGAUUUUACGGAUGUGGUUUCAACAGUAUUGGAAGAAAAAAUGCAAAUUGAAGACAGAGAAUUAAAAAACUGUACGGAUAUGUGUUUUGCAAAAUUGAAUUUACAUCAAUCUGGAAUUAAUUCAUACGACAUGAAGAUAAUUCAGAAGAACGAGUAUUUGCUAGCAACUGGUGGCGACGAUAAUUUAUUCAAUCUUAUACAUUUUAAAAUCUGCACGUCUUCUGAUAAUAAACAAUUACAAAUUUUAUUAUCAUCAGAAUGGAAUACCUCAAACGCGCAUUUUGCACAAAUUACAGGUAUACGGUUCCACAAAGAAAAUAAAAUAUUCAGUGUUGGACUGGACCAACAAAUUAAUAUAUACAAUUACAAUUUUAACAAAAACAUUUUAUCAGUGGACAUAUUGGAAACAAUUUUCACCUCCGUGGCAGACGUAAAAGGCUUGACUGCUUGGACUACACCAAAGGGUGAAUCAAAGAUCUGUGCUUAUGGUAAAGGUUUCGAAGUCCUGCUUUGUGAAUAAUAAAGAACUGUAAAAUAUGUAUUAUAGCAUUGUUUAAAAAAAAUUUAAUAAAAUAAUCC